AAUAUCACACAAUCACUACCAACGGAGUAUCAAGCACUGAUAACGCACAAUCCAACUAGAUUCUAACAAAAUGGGAGAACGAUUAUACAGGUAACUGACCUGUUAUCGACCGAAGGAUGAAGACUGAGGACACGUAGGCAAUAUGGGACGUAUUACCAAUUCCCGUGAUCUCGGCACAGGAUGCCGUUUGAGUCUGAGCGAGCAUAUACACAUCCCAUAACCAGUGUGUUUAGUAUCUCACGGAAUCCUCCCGUUUUAUUGCAUUUCAAAUAUUGUGACCCCUCAUUGUCUUCUGAAAAUGAGCAGGAGAAAGUGAACUGGUGUGGUAUAAUAAUUACUGUAUCGGCGGUCGUCGUAAUUUUUUGCCUUUUUCAGUCGAGUAGUGGGAAGGAAGAUCUAGCUGGCCACGGAACGGAACUGAAGAAAUCGAAAAUGCACUUUACGAGAUGGGACAUGCCCAGCCUUUGCUUAAUCAGCGUUAUCCCAAGAGAUCACCGUCCGCUGAACUAUACGCAGACCAUAACAACCAACCUGGGGCAGGACAAGUAGGUGGACAGCGCUUUUAUACAUUUGAUAUUCCCAGCUGCACCUCACGGUCUGAAAUGUUUUCUGGAAAGUACGUUGGCGGAGGUCAAGAGCCCACUUCGACAUCCUUGCCUUUAUCCAGCAAUCUGGAUGUGGGUCACUAUGUACAUGCUAACAAAAAUACCUGCUCAAGCAACGGCAUCUGCUAUACCCCGUACAAUUACAAUUGGAAUUGCGCUUCUGGAGCAAAUGCAUUCAAUGUGUCCUGCCAAUCUCUCCUCUGCAGUUAUAUGCAGCCCGAGCGACGUCAGGCUGCAGCGGCCCCCUACCAGACUUGCCAACCGUAUGUGCCGCUCUAUCAGACAAGUUAUUCUACCCUGCAACAGACCACCUUUUUGUCAGCCGCUGCAAUUCAAGACAAUGCACUCGCUAAAAGCUCAUUUGCUAUACCCCCCACGAAAUCCGCAGUGGCCGACCUCACCUUUACCAAAGGCAUAAUCAAUUUGAAUACGCCCUUAAUAGUGUUGCCCAUGUCCAGUCCAAUAACAACAGCGUUAGCCCCUGGAAAUAUAAACAGUGGAAAAGGUAGAGAUAUUGAAGAACUGGCCAAGUUGAAGGAGGCCAGCGACGCGGUAACUUUGCAAAUCACCAAUCUGGACUACUCGCUGGACGAAUCCAGUCUCCGCAGCUUCCUAAUGAAUCAACUCAAGCCAAUAACCCCGGUUGUGUCACUAGUCUUCGAGGGAAUCUCAUAUGCCAAAGUCACUGUACCAGACCUUUAUGUGAGAGUCCACAAAUCUUAUGUAAAGUAGUAAAAGCCGACGCACAGAGGCGCCUUUGACCUAAAAACCUUCGAUAAAUUGAUGUAGGCCAUCGUGCGACACGAAAUUUAUCUAGUAUUUCAAAUGUGUAACCCUUAUAGAUGUCCAUUUUUAUACCCGUUA